AUGGCGGACAGCGUUAGAAUUCUAUGGAGCUUACUCCUCCUCUGGGUUCUGUACCUACAGCCCCUGCCCUGCUAUGCGACACCAGCCUCCCACCUAAAUAAUGUUUUAAACAUCAUUGAGGAGCUGGAAGGGCAGGACCCCACAAUGAACAUUCUCAAAGUUACAGAAUUUCUACGUGACCUUCAAACAUCUGACCAGGAUUUCCGACACUUUCUCCUUGGGGGGACCUCAGACGCCGUGGUCUUGCCACAGCCCUUGAAUCACACCAGCCUCUCCUUCCUCAAGGAGGUGCUCAAUCACGGUGCUGGCCCUCUGAAUGAGACGGGGGUGGUCCUCACUCCAGAUGGGACGACGGUCGCUGUGGGGAAUCUUGUUGCUGGAAUUGAAGCCGGACUGAAGAGAGGGGCGAACCAGUCAUGGUCAGGUGUGGCUGGGCCUUUCUCUGCUCCGGUCGACAGCCUUUGUGCCUUGACACUGGCCAAGGACCUGGGACUGGCAUUCUUAUUCCACCAUACGAACCAGAACAAAGAGCAACUUGGACCAGAUGGAUGUUGGGAUGACGUGGAUUCUCCUCGGGUUUUCACCGGGUCUGGCCCCUGGACCCCUGCUACCAAUGCUCUGAUCAACGGUGGCAUGGAUGGCUUCAUCCUGGGAAAGGUGCUCACCGAGCUGCAGACCCCACUGCCUAAGCUCAGCGCCUUGCUGAGGGAUUACUACAGCCAAGUUCCCAGCCUCCUGCGCCAAAAGGCAAGUAAACGGCGGAAAAAUUUUGAGGCCACCUUUGACCUUGGUAAUUUCACCAGUCAAGUCUUAAGUGCAGUCUCCAUCUUGGACCACAUACGGAACAAUUCAGUCCUCCAGCACCUCGACCUCAACACCUUCAGAGAGAGAUCUGAGCAAGGACUGCAGCAGUUUUAUCACAGCUAUCUCGAAUGCCCAGCCAUUAUACCCCGAUGUAUGUGGGCUGCCAAGCCCUACAGGGGCGAGCCCGAGGAGCUGGAGCUGCCGUUGCGCUUUGUCUUCAUUCACCACACCUUCGGGCCCAGCCAGCCUUGCACGACCUUCCGGGAGUGUGCGGCGGACAUGAGGAGUAUGCAGCGUUUCCACCAGGAUGAUCGGCAGUGGAACGACAUUGGGUACAGCUUUGUGGCAGGCUCUGAUGGAUACCUGUACGAAGGCCGGGGCUGGCACUGGGUAGGAGCCCACACCAAAGGCCAGAACUCUAAGGGUUAUGGGGUGAGCUUCAUUGGUAAUUACACCUCUACACUCCCGGACCAAGACUCGUUGCAGCUGGUGAAAGAAAGUUUCAUGAAGUGUGCUGUUGCAGGCAAGAAGUUAGUGGGUGAUUACGUCAUCCAGGGACACCGACAAUACAGAGAGACCACCUGUCCUGGGGAGGCUCUCUACAAUGAAAUCAGGAGCUGGGAAGCCUUUCAGGAGGUUGGAGCCACCGAACCCACUGACAAGAUGUAACCAUUGAAAUCUAAUGCAUUGAGUGAAGAUCGCAGAUGGAGACCAUGGGCUCCACAUCCAUCAAUAAACAUCCUCAAUUC